CUGCGGUGUCGCUUAGCGUCAAUAUAAUUUCCAAUAAUAAUUAGAGUUACUACAAGCUAUGUCGUUAUUUUACACAAACCGAGAGGUGCGAAUGAUAAAUGAUAGAAAGCGGAAGAAAGAAAUGUCCGACGCAGGCGUUGAAGAAGAGUUAGGUCAGAUGUAUUCCUGCGAUUUCUGCUCGGACGAAUACGACAGUGAGACGGAACUCCACGUUCACAGGAAGGUCAAACAUCGCGAGCAGGUGGCUAAAAUACUAACAGAAGAUGCAAGCUGUAAGAUAUGCAUCAGGGAACACAAAGACUUUGAGGAACUAUUGAAACACACAAAAUCUACACAUCUCUUGAGCUCAGAAGACGCUGAGCACAUUCACCGCGAAAUCUUCAUCUGUGACGUCUGCAACCUGAUGUAUUUCAACAAAAAGAUGCUCGAGAUCCACAUGCAAUACAUGCACGAUCCCGAACACAAGUACAAACUCUCCGGAACAUGCCCAAAGUGCAAUAAACAAAUCCAGAUCAAACAGGUCUGGUUCCAUUUUCAACGUCACCUGAUCCAAAGUGUCGCUUGCUGCCAGAUAUGUUUUAAAAAGUGCAGAAACCGGGCAGAGUUACGGGACCAUCUCAGAAUACAUCCAAGUUACUACCACUGUACGCUCUGCGGUUACGAAAGUAAAGUCAAGGACAGUUUUACGGCGCAUAUGCAAGCGCAUAACAGCAAUUUGCAUGAAAGCGGGAACAUUGCGAUAGAUGAGAGAAUGUUGUGGAAAUGCUUCGCUCCGAGGAAGAAUGCGAAAAAGAGCUCUAGUAAUAUCGGGAUUAAAGGUCUAUGUUUGAAAGAUUUGUUUGUGUGUGUGUUGUGUAGAGGGCUGUGUAAGGAAGACGAGAGAGCGGCACACAUAGCCAAGUAUCAUUUGGUGGAUAUAGUGGCUACAAAGAAACAGUACAUGUGUGUGUGUGGCGAACAGUUUUUUAACAAUGUGUUGUUGAAGCAUCAUGUGUUCAAGUUGAAAGGAGAGCACAGAUCAUGUGACUCGUAGUAUAGGUAUCCUCUAGUCGUCCACCAUAUAAGAAUUAACCUUUUGGACGCCAAUGACCGACAUAUCCGCACCGCAGGUUCAAUGCCAAAGACCGAUUAAUCGUGGCGUCUGAGUGACAGCUUUUGUGUUUGACACAGCGUCGAAAAGGUUAAUAUUGGCAGUUAAUGUAAAUCAAAAUGUUAGAAAAUUGAAUUGAAUUUUCGAUUUAAAUUCAAAUUACUUAACCUUUUGAACGCCAAGCGGCGCAUCCAUUUGCCGUGCCACUGACGCCACGGGGGUAAAAUUUCGUUUUGUGAAUAAAUAAUGCCAACCUAAAAGUGGGGUGUUUUUCAGUAGAUUUUCAUCAAAAAACGAUCAACGUCAAAUGCCGUCUUUGGCGUCGUUGUCACGAUUUUGCGUUGACGUAAAUUGUCGUCUGUGGCGUUUAAAACUAAUGCAUGUUUGUUCCUAUUCAAAAUGCGUAAAAUGAUACAAGUUAAUUUCAUAAAUCAACUUCUUUAGUGCACCUGGCGGUCUAGCAUAAGUGGCGUUCACGCGCGCUAGUUCAUAUACUUGAAAGCUCGCUAGAUAUAUGGAGUCGCGCAUAGUGGUAAUUAUACAACUGUGUCCCCUGACUCACUGGUUAAUUAUAAACGCGUUACUGACCUGAAUUAGCUACGAAUCGUUUGUCUUUAUAUUUAUUUAUUUAAACUUUAUUGCACAAAGUAUAUACAAAAAUGUACAAAUGGCGGACUUAAUGCCAAAUGGCAUUCUCUACCAGUCAACCAUAGGGCCAAACAGACAUCUACAAUUGGUGCAGAGAGAGAAAUAUACCUAUUCAGUGAAUAUAAAAAAAAGCAAACUAUACAUAUAAACUACAUAAAUAAAUAAAAUAUAUAUAAACUACUACAUAUUUAUACAAUACAUACUAUAAAUAUAAAAAUGAUGGAUAUUAUUCGAACUCUUGUUUUAGCAAAUGCUUACGCAACAACCGCUUAAAAGAAAACUUACUUGGAGCUUGUCUAAUAUUUAGAGGGAGUGAAUUCCAAAGACGACUAGCCUGGACGGCGAAAGAAUUAGUCAUAAAACCAGUACGGUGAGAAGGUAUGGUCAGUUUGAGAACGCGGGAGGUACGCAGCUCACAUCCUGGACGAGGAGUAUCGAAGACGAAUUUACUUUUGAGAUAUCCAGGAGCAGAAGGCUCAAACAGGAUCGAAAAUAGGAUACAAAGGAUCCGAAAGGACCUACGACGACGGAUGGAGAGCCAGUUGAGCUGCCGGCGGUAAAAGGAGACAUGAUCGUAUUUACGAAGUCCAAAUAUAAAUCUAAUACAGUUAUAUCUGUCAUUUUGACUUAUGUAUUUGUAAGAAAGGGAUAAAUCAUAAUUUAACUAAAUCAGGCUCAAAGUUUUAUGAAUGAGGGGGUCUUUACAACAAUCAACUCCUUGAUAUAUUAUGUAGCAAGGACCGCUUGAUGUAUAUAAAAUGUAUUAUGGAGUUGCAGGCGUCCAUAGGCUACGGUGACUGCUUACCAUCAGGCG